AUGGCUGAUGACGAAGAAAAAGAACAAGGUUAUGAUGUUGUUCAAAAUUUUAAACCUGUUGAUACCGAAAAUUCAUUCAAAUUUGAUGAUUCUAUUGAAGUAAUAGAUGGUGAAUGGAUGAAUUUGCGAGGAAUUGGGUUGACGAUGGAAGAUCAAAAUGUUGUUAUGGUUCUGUUCCAAGAUGGAAUGACUGUAAGUUUUUUUUGGAGAAAAACGGUGGAAAAAUAAAUUUAAAAUUUUCUGAAGAUAUCUAAUUUUUCCGAAUCCUAAAGUUUCAUUUUUUUUUAUUCUAAAAUCAUUUGUUCUCUUUUCAGGAAGUCACAAUUAACGCAUCACAACUUCAGAAAUCGCCCAACACCGAAGAUCGUACAGACGAAGAAAUUGAUAGAAAAUAUGAAAAGGAGGAAGCUGAAAUAGUAAAGAAAGAAAUGGAAAGUGCGAAAAAAGGAAAAUGUUUGCGACAGAAGAAGAAGUUGGAAUGUUUUGAAAAUGAAUUUGAAUCGCAGAGAAAUGAUGGAGAUAAUGAUGCCGAUGAUCUAGAGAUUGAUGAUAUUUCAAGGUAAGAAAGAGAGCAAAAAAAGAAAAAGAGCACAAAAACAAUUAGUUGUUUAGAAAUGGUACACUUCCACCAACCAAAGAUUCCACUUUAUGGAUUGUGAAAUGUCGAAAGGGACAAGAAAAACUAACUCGUUUCCUUUGA